AUGGGGGAUGCUAAUCUUGCUUUUCUGACUUCAUCAGCUUUCCAUGAACACCUUUUCCAGAGGAUUGCAAAGGUCCACCUGGGGGAACCGGUCACAGGAGUUCUUCUCAUCUACCCCAGCUGUGUUCUUCAUAUUCUUGAGUCAUCCAGCGGCACGCUCUACCACAUCCUUAAGGAGCUCGCAGCUUCAGAAAACCAAGGGCCAGAGCCUUUCCUGCGCGAUGUGAAGAUCCUGGUGAUGUCUCACAACAUCCCAACCAAGCUCUUCAUGCAGUGGUACGCGACGGCAGUGGAGGUGCCUGAGACCCUCGAGGACAUCACGCAGACCCAGACGACAGAGGAAGUGAUUACGGAGUGCCUCACCCUCAUCCUCAGACUGGGAGUUUAUCUGGCCACACUCAAGGUCGGCAGCAAGGGCUUGGCGGACUGCCUCCACUCUGUCGUGCCGGAACUCCUGAUCCCCAUGGAAACCAUUAAAUGCCUUUGCAGGGCCGAAAAGUGCCUGAGCCCGCGGGAAUUUCUGGACAUGUACAACAGGCCUCUGCAACCCAUCAUGGAUUCAGUCUGCAGCAUGUCAGAGAGCAGGGCCCUGCGAGCCCCCUCCUCGGGAAGAGCAAAGAGUCAGGAAGAGUCCAACGGAGAGACCUUGAAGGAGGUUAUUCCCAUGGUUACACGCAUCGCUUUGGAUUCUCGUUUGGAAUUUCCCGGCAAGACGCUUGCUUGCCUCUUGGUUAACAGCAGCAAUUAA